CCUGGAAGAACAUCAACUGAAUCCCUAAUGCUUAACGAAAUAAGAGAAAUAAGGCAUGAGAAAUCACACACACGGAAAAUGCAAAUUUUCUAAAAGGUACUUUUUUUUCUAAUUGAUUUUGCAAAAACCUAUGUAAACACAUUAAACUAUCAAAGUAUUGAUAGAAUUCACUUAACUCACUGCCCCACAGUCCACAGAGAGUAGCAGCCACGGCCCAUUUCAUAAAUACACACCAGAAUAAGCACAAGAAAAGAAAUUCGCAUCUCUGUUUCAUUGCAUAUUGAAUUUCUCUAAUAUCUUGUGCUCCUGGAGAGGAUAAGGAUCAAAAUGACCGAGAAACUUACCAUACGAGUAACGGGAUCGGAACGGAAAAGGCAUAUCCAUUUUCUCACAUAAUUUAACAGAAAAAAAACAAAAAAUUCAGCUUUCCAGCCAGCAUCAUCAGAAUGAGGAGUGUUCGAUUAGACCUAGUGAUGAAAACGACAUCGAAAGUAAAAGUAAUCAAUGAUCAUUUGGAAUAGGGGUGGGAACUACCCUGGAAAUGGAUGCCCUCGUUGCACCAGCAGGGCAUUCUACACUUCCCUGGCUACAGGAAUCCAAGGCACCACCAUUUUCCCCUUGGAUCUUUCUUCACUCCCUAGAGCUAGGGUUUAAACCGGAGACUGCGAGGAGAGCAUUUGCCAUUUAGGAAUGGAAACGCCCGAAUUUGAGGCCUUGAGGGAUGGCGGCAAAGUUUAGAAUGGAAGACACGUGGCAGAACAUAAAUGGGCAUUCCGGUUCAUAUCGGUAUCAUCCAAAUUGCCUCGUGAUUGAAAUUUGAAGAAGGCCCGGCCCGCCCAUCCAUCUCCGGCCUCUUCUCUUGGGUGCUAUGGUGGCACUGGCGCCAUGGAUGAGAAACCCAAGCUUCUCUUCCAUGGUAGCUCGUCGUCUUCUCCGCUUUGUUUCUACUUCUUCUUCUCUUGCUAUUUCGCGAGAUCCAAUUGUGGACAUUCCUCAUUACAACUCCAGGAUACGAGAACUGACGCGGCUCGGCCAUGCAAUAGACGCCCGGAGACUGUUCGACGAAAUGCCCCACAGAGACAUCAUCUCCUGGAAUUUCAUGAUCUUCGGUUAUUUCCAGAACGGCAUGAUCGAUGAGGCACGAGCUCUUUUCGACUCGUUCGCGGGGAGGAAUAUCAGGACCUGGACCAUUGUCGUCUCUGGGUACGCUAAAUCUGGUCGAAUUGAAGAUGCCCGAGAAGUCUUUGAUGCAAUGCCGGAGCGGAAUUCCGUCUCUUGGAAUGCGAUGAUCAGUGGAUAUGUGCAGCAUGGUGAUUUAGCGACGGCAAGGUGGCUGUUUGAUAGAAUGCCUGAUAGGGAUGUGGCCUCGUGGAAUUCCAUGAUUACCGGAUAUUGCCACGCCCAUCGGAUGGGGGAGGCCCGGUGGCUCUUUGAAAACAUGCCAGCAAGGAAUUUGGUCUCUUGGACUGUGAUGAUUUCUGGGUACGUUCAGAUUAAUGAGUAUGAUGAAGCGUGGAGGUUUUUCCUGCAUAUGCAUCGUUGCAUGAUGAGCCUGGACCAGCCCAAUUUCACUGCCGCUAUCUCUGCUGUGGUGUGUUUGGGUAAUAUUGUACUGCUCGAGAAUCUGCGGUCCUUAGCAAUCAAGACUGGUUUUGAGGGGGACGUGGUCGUGGGCACUGCUAUACUGAAUGCUUACACAAGAGAGAGUGGAGGCCUGGAGUCUGCAGUGAGAUUCUUUGAAGGUAUGCGGGAGAAGAACGAGUAUUCUUGGUCCACUAUGAUCACAGCGUUGUCACAUGUUGGGCGGUUAGAUGAUGCUCUCUCGUUUUACCAGCGAGAUCCGUGUAAGACUAUUGUUUCUCAAACAGCAUUACUGGCAGGGUUCGCUCAGAACAACCGGAUUCAUGAGGCCAGACACAUGUUUGAACAAAUGCCUGAUCCUAAUGUGGUGUCGUGGAACGCCAUGAUUGCAGGAUAUGCUCAAAAUGGGAUGCUUGAUGAAGCAAAGAAAUUGUUUCACAGGAUGCCUAUACGUAAUGCAAUUUCAUGGGCUGCGAUGAUUGCCGCUUGUGCACAGAAUGGGGAAAGUGAAGAAGCUUUGGACCUUUUAUCAGAGCUUCAUUGGCAUGGAAUAGUUCCUACUCUCUCCAGUUUCACCAGUGGUUUCUUUGCUUGCGCUAACAUCAGAGCACUAGAGAUGGGUAGGCAACUACACUCUCUGGCUAUAAAGGCAGGAUCACAGUUCAAUGCCUAUGUCAAUAAUGGCUUGAUCACAAUGUAUGCCAAAUGCAAGAAUACGGAAGAUGUCACUCGAGUUUUUAACUGGAUGAGAACAAAAGAUAUUGUGUCUUGGAACUCUUUGAUUGCUGGCCUAUCUCAUAACUACUUGUUGGAUGAUGCUCGCACUGUUUUUGACAAGAUGCCCAUCCACGAUGUUGUCUCAUGGACUGCAAUCAUUUCCGCAUACUCGCAGGCUGGGCAAGGCAAUGAGUCUCUUGAGCUAUUUCUCAGAAUGUUGAGAGAAGGGGCAUUGCCAAACUCUUCAACCAUGACUACCCUCCUUAGCACUUGCGGCCAUGUGGGUUCAAGUAGGCUAAGUCAGCAGGCUCAUGUUCUGACCAUUAAAUUGGGCUUUGAUUUGGAUCUUUUUGUGGGCAAUGCCCUGAUUUCAAUGUAUUUCAAGUGUGGCUGCAGAGGCUCCUUUUUGGUUUUUGAAAAAAUGCCUGAACGUGAUAUAAUCUCAUGGAACUCAAUGCUUGCUGGCUGUGCCCAAAAUGGCCUUGGAAGAGAAGGCAUUCAAAUCUUUGAGCAGAUGAAAGCGGAAAGAAUUUUACCGAACCAGAUCUCUUUCACGGGGCUCUUAUGUGCUUGUAGCCAUGCUGGUUUGGUUGAUGAAGGGUGGCAUUAUUUCAAUUCAAUGAGCAAGGAUUACAGACUCAUGCCAUUGGAAGGUCACUAUGCCUGCAUGGUGGACCUUCUUGGAAGAGCAGGCCACUUGGAUGAAGCUAAAGAAUUCAUAGAAAACAUGCCCAUUGAACCAGAUUCAGUGGUGUGGGCAGCACUUCUUGGUGCGUGCAGAAUUCACCAGAAUGUAGAACUUGGCAGAAUGAUUGCAGAAAAGCUGUUUCAAAUGGAGCCACAGACUGCUGGAAAUUAUGUCUUGUUGUCAAACAUAUAUGCAUCUCGUGGCAUGUGGAACGAAGUGGAUGAGGUGAGAGAGUUGAUGAGAGCUAGAGGUGUCACAAAAUCACCAGGUUGCAGCUGGAUUCAGAUAAGGAACAAGUUGCAUUCUUUUAUCACUGGAGAUAAGCACCAUGAGCAGAUUGUUGAGAUACAUGCACUCCUGAAGGAGCUGUAUGUAAGACUGAAGUAUGCAGGUUAUGUGCCAGACACCCAAUUUGUCCUGCAUGAUGUGGAAGAGGAGCAGAAAGAGAAUGUGCUUCUCUAUCACAGUGAGAAACUUGCCGUUGCCUAUGGUCUAUUGGCAACGUCUGAUGGUACGCCACUACAGAUAAUGAAGAAUCUCCGAAUAUGCGGAGAUUGCCAUAAUUUCAUGAGGUUUAUGUCUAAAAUAACCAAGAGAGAAAUUGACAUUAGGGAUGGGAAUAGAUUCCAUCAUUUUAACGAUGGAAACUGUUCUUGUGGGGAUUACUGGUGAUGCAGACAGAUGAAAUGAGGGAAAAUACUUGUCAUUCCCUGAGAAUCAUUGCUCUUACAAUCACUUAGCAAAGCUAUAGUUUGAUUAGGACAUCUGUGGAUGGCGCCUGCCCUUGAGAGGUCAUACAGGAAUUUGAAGGCACGAAUGUGAUUGUGGUUGGAGUCUGCUUUAGCUUCGUCUGUAGAAACAUGGUGCACAAUAUUGAACACAUACGUAUGUGUUUGUUGUUCAUUAAUCGGCAGGGUUGCUUUAAACCUUGAUGGAAUCAAGGAAUCAUCCAAAGUUAAUCUGACUCACUGGACUUAAAACGGUUUCCAAAUCCCGGAUGCUUAUAUAAUCAGUUGGAAAUUAAUUAGAGAAUCACAGAAGAGGAGAAGAUUUGUUAAUGUUGUUUUCUUUUCUGGGUCAGCAAUGAAUUUUGACAAGAGUGUUAGUCUAUCUCUUAUAGUGAAGCGAUUAACCCAAUUACAAGAUCAUAUAGUGA